GGACGAGGAGAACGAGUGGCGAGAGAGAAAGAGCCGGACCCGGCGCCAGAGAGGAGAGGGAAAACCACGGACCACGGGGGCUUUUGAAAAAGUUUUAUCUUGUCGGUGAGCUCGGCCUCUCAGACGCUACCGAACGCCGGUACGGUGCGUUGUUGGCCACGGCGUGGUCGCGGGCCUCCUCGGCGACGAAGUUGCUGGCAAAGAGAGCGAACGGAGAAGAAGGAAAGGAAAAAAAAAAGAGCGAGAGAAAGAGAGAAAAUCCCGGUCGUGCGCCCGCGAUUUCCGGUCCCAUCAGUCGGUCCUCCCGUCGCGUCGUCAACUUCCGUCCAUCUCGUCCGCCCGCGCGCCCCGCGGACGUUCGCGCGCGCGAGAAGCCGCGAGGACCGCCGAAGAGAAGGCUCUCCGACGAAGCGUCAUCCGCAGGACAAGAGGGCAAAUUCCUCCCGCGGUGUCCUUGGAGGAAUUAUUCUUUCUUCGCCCGUCUCGCCAUGUACCGUCGCUGAGGUGUCCCGCAGUGCCCGAUCGAGAGAGAAAGAGAGGGGGACGGACGGCGAUAGGUAGGAAGAGACGGAAAGAGAGAGAAAGAGGGUCAGUCAGGAAGAGGGCGAAGAGGUCGAGAAGUGACUCCUUGCCGGUCGCGACAGACGGCCAGCGGCGAGAUGAAGAACCGUGUGUUGCUAAAGAGUGCGUUGCUCCUGCUGCUGAUCGCGGCGGACGGCCUGGUGACAGCAUCCGAGGAUGACGACUUAAUUUUCGACCCGGAGGGCAAACAAACCGCCGCUCAAGCACCGUUGAUCGAAACGCAUCAGGAUGAUUCUCUCUUUCACAGGAUAAAGAGAGAAGUUCUGGAUUUUUUUACUUCGUCAUCCACGACAACGCAAGCGCCGUCAGACUCAAAAGAAGAAGAUGGAGAUCAAAAUCAAGAUAUUGACAAAUCCGUCAUCUUGAACGUUGGAGAUAAAGGAAAUUUUACUCUCGAUCAGCCUGAAGCGCCAAGUGCCGAAACGGGUAUCGGUGGCAUCGAAAGAUUGACUUUAGAAAAGAAUGAUGACAAUAGUGAAGCAGACGAUGAGCAUGAAAAUGAGAUUAAUAGCGCCGCGGAAAGUCAAAGAGUACCAAUAACUUACGGAAAUUCCGAUGACGAAGAUUUGGCUGGCUCGGGAGAAAUCGAAGGCAGCGCAGGCGAAGUGGAGUAUCAUCCAAACACAGGAAAUCAACAUCGUAACACUGAUGGCAAAGCACGAUUCUACCGAAUAACACUGACGGUUGGCGAGCCCUACAGGCGAGAAUAUUCUGACAGAAACAGUCUUGAGUACCGAGAAUUAAGCAGCAAUCUCACACACGCCGUCGAGAAUUUGUACAAUCGUCACAUUCCAGGAUACAAUCACUUUGCCAACGUCGUCAAAAUAUCGCCAACAACCGACGCUUUUACGUCGCAAGUUACCCUAGACAUUGGUUCGACAUUCACGGACGAGCUCGAGGUGCGCGCCAUCCUAGAGCAACAGCUGCAGUAUCAUUCCUUGGGCAGCAUCCAAGUCGGUCCGGAGGGAUUUACGUUCAGGAUAUUCCAAGCCGGAGAGAAAGACGCACAGCCGGAAUGCGAUCAGACCGCCGAAUUAAGGUGCAGAAGCGGCGAAUGCGUGCCUCUAGAAUCCCGCUGUGACGGCGUAUUGCAAUGCGACGAUGGUUCCGACGAGGACAACUGCCCGACAGAUUCGUCGAACAGGACACGCGACGAUUUUGAGUAUACCACUCUGGCACCACAACAUCCUUCACUGCAUUUCCCGGAGACGACCCACACGAGAGUACAGCCUGAGGUAAAAUUGGAGAUCGACGACAGGGAGGACGAGGAGUCCACGCUGAGGCCACCCUCGAACAAGUGCCGUGCCGACGACACGGUACGCUGUCAUGACGGCAGUCGUUACAUCUGUUCGGUGCAGCAGUGCGACGGUGUCUUGGACUGCGAUGACGGUGGUGAUGAAGUCGAUUGCCCGCAUCCAGGUUGCAGCGCUGGCGAAUUCGCAUGCGACGUAAACAGAUGCAUAUUGGAAUCUCAAAGAUGCAACUUUGUGGAGGAUUGCCAAGAUGGUAGCGACGAACAUGACUGCAACUAUCCAGCGUGUUCCUCGAGCGAGUUCAUAUGCAGAAACGGGCAGUGUAUCGACAGUAAUAAAUACUGCGAUGGCAUGCAAGAUUGCCACGACGGAUCCGAUGAACACAAUUGCCCCUGCAGGGAAGACCAAUUCGAAUGCGCGCCUGGUUAUUGCGUGCCCUUAACGCGACGCUGUGACGGAUACACGGACUGUGUCGGUGGAAGGGACGAACAAAAUUGUUACAACAUGACACGAUGUCGAGCGGACGAAUUCGAGUGCGCCAGCGGUUUGUGUGUCAGCAAAAAUGCAAGAUGUGAUGGACGAAACGAUUGUCCCGAUCAUUCUGACGAGUAUAAUUGUACCGUGACCACCUGUAGUGGGGAUCAGUUCCGUUGUCUGGAUGGCGUCUGCUUGAGUAUCGACAAGCGUUGCAAUGGAAUCCCCGAUUGCCGCAACGGCGAAGAUGAGAGUCAAUGCGGUUGCGGAGAAGCCGAGUUUCGCUGCACGGACGGCCGCUGCAUCAGCUACGUGUUGCAGUGCAACGGGGUGAACGAGUGCUCUGACGGCUCUGAUGAGAGGGACUGCGAGAAGUAUCCGUGGCGAAAUUUCUAUAACGCCGGAAAGUUCGCGAUUGCACGGAAGUCGCCGGCCGCGAUUUCCUACGGAGGGAAACUCGCGGGACGCCGAAGGAAUAUGAAUAUGCAGCCGGUGACGACGGAAAGCACCUAUCGACUCACCAUCAAACCAGCCGUGACGAUCGGUAAUCCGAUCCUCGAAGCGUUUCCGGAGGAAGCUCAACGUGGAAGAUUUCCAAACUCCAUGUUGCAGAGUCCCUUGGCAUUAAACUUGAUAAAAAUUGCGUCCAAAUCGAAAGAUAAUAACCCGUCCUCGCAAUGGCGUACGUACCUAGAGAUUGAUCGACCUCGUAAACCCGACGCGAAUUGCAGCAACAAAGCUCAAAAUUAUCAUUUGCCUGUUGACCAAGCCUUGUCGCAAUUAAGCAACGAGUCUCAAAUCUCAAAACCUCUCAAGCUGUCGGAUAGUCUCGUGAGAUCUUUGCAAAUAUUCCAGCACAACAAUAUUACGUUGAAAAAUGCUCACUCGCAGUCUGUUAAUAAUCGCGAUAGAAUGCGAAAAAUAAUAACUGGAAGCAAGUCUGAUCGUACACCAAAAAAGACCAACGCAUUCAAUUCGAAGACGAGUAUGAAUCGUUUAAUCAGUUCCGAAGAACACAGGUACGCUACAGACAAGAAUAUUUUUAAAUCAAAAAUUUCGAAUAUCAAAAAUACUUCCUUACAAAAAGAAGUAGAAUAUCAAAAUGGCGACAAAGUUGACGGGAUAAAAACGAAAUUGGAAAGAAACGUGUCUAAUAGAAAUUAUAUUGACAAUAAUGCAAAAACGAUGCAUCACUCUAAAAACGCCACUUUAAAAGCUGCUACUCAACAGAUUGAUAAGUUAGUUUGCAAAUAUAUUACAGACAAACAUAUGAUAUGUCGUCAAAAUAAUUCAACAGCCGCUACAGUUUCGAUUAGGCCAAUUUAUAUGACAACUUCUAAAAUAAUGACGGUGACAAAUGAGACUAAUAUUAAUGAAAUCUCUAGUAUGACAGAUAUACGUGGCAAGAGCAAGAUUCUCAGAAAAAAACCACGCAGAAGGGACGGCUCAUUUUACCAAAAAUAUCACGAUAAGUAUUUGAGAAAAUUAAUCGCUUCUAGAAAAGCAAUCACUUCUACGAUGAAAACGUCGACAGAGUCCGCAGUUGAUGCGCGGACUUCAACAACGUUAAGAAAUACCUCUUUGAAAAAUCCCAAUGUAUUGUUCAAUAAAACUUACGAACAACGAAAUUCACUAGAAAAUUAUAUUAAAGCAAAGAAUAACAAUCUGGAUAGUAGGGAAGAUUUUUUUGGAUACAGAGUAAAAAAAGGCAGUAAAGUUUCAAAUUAUUAUAAUAAACAUCUGAAACACAGACGCCGCGUUGCGUCAUCUAAAAGAACAGCCCCUGUAACUGUGAACACGAAUAAAAUCGAAGAAUCUACCAUGACGAAUAUAAAAUACGAUCGAGCGCAGAAAGCAGCUUCGUCCGUUUCAGAAGAAAUGUCCUCAACGGCAGAAACAAACAAGACUGAUUAUUCCUCGAUAGAGACAGAAAAGUUGCUGUAUGAAUUUAAUUCGCCGAAGGUAGAACGUCAGUAUUUUCCAACAAUCAAUGCCGUUGACGACGUCGAUAUAACAUCAAACCUGUCAACUUCGAAUCGAAAUCGAUGUAAUAAAACGUGCAGUAAAACGCACAAGCAGUCGAAUGUCUCUUUCGAGAAGUGCUACGGAAACAACACAAAAACAACGACGCAAAAUGACGACAAGAUCGAUUCCGGAUUGAUAAAUUCCGACGAGACGUCGAAAUCAGAAACUGCAGAUAGUGCAGAUGAUUGCACGUACAUGAUAUCGCGAGAAUCGAGGGAGAGUCUGGAAUCAUCAAAAGAUGAUUUCGACGUCCUGAUAUUAAACUCCACGACAACGAGGUCUCCCGAGAUCGUCACGCGGGUUGCAAACGAAUCCGGAGAGAAAGCGUUCACUGAAAGUCACGGCAAACGCGAGCACAAAAGUCAUAAUGGCCGUAAGAACAACAGGCCCAAGAAGAGGAAGAAGAAUCACAAUGCGAAGCGUAAGAGAAAACCGACGUCGACCGUCGCUUGGAAAGUCGACGAGAUGACGAGCGUCGAUUAUGGCAACGCUUAUAGUUCAGAGCGGACGAAGACUACGCUCCCUCAUAAUGAUCCACGGUACGACAAAGCUGACGGUAAUCGGAAUACGAGCAUUGGCAGAAACGACUGGGACCUCACUGAUGAAAUUACAACGGAACCUUUUAAGACAGAAUUCUCUGACGCUGAUGAGUCCGUCUUGGAAGACCCCACGGAAGGCAGCGGCAUUCGCAACGGACCACAAUCGGAGGAAACAACGAAUGUGAAUCUUGUCACCAGCAGCAGCAUAUCUCAUUUAUCAACGGCAUCCAAUGAGAAAGGUUCUAAAAAAUGUAAAGUAUUAGUUACAACUACUACUGAGAGCAACUGGUUUAAUUGGUUGUCAAACGAUGACAAAAAGAUAGACGAAGAAUCAGUUGAGUGCGAGGAAGAUAAUACUUCGUUUUCGACCACAAACGAUUCGAUAGAAAAAGAAACAAGUAAAUAUAGUACUUCUGUCAGUGAUGACUCUUCCACGUACGACACGAUAACUAAAUCAGGCAGUACUACGUUGUCCUGGGAAUUAUCUAACGAAGAAAAUAAGGAGAUAAGCAACGAAGAAAUAACCACAAUACGUAGUACGAUUAAAGACGAAGGAAGUAACGACAAAAGACAAACGACAGGUAAAUCAAUCUUGGAUGAAGAAAGUUUCACACAAUCUGUGAUCGGAGGUACUAUACACGAUGUGAAUCUCGAUAGCGAAGAGGAAAAAGACGCGACAGAGAAAUCGAUAUCCGACGAAGACAACGAGAUCGACAACGACGUCGCGGCGAUCACGGAGGAUUACGAGAUCGACAAUUGCAACGAGAAUCAGCACGCUUGUGAUAAGUAUACGUGCAUCGAGGGGGACCGGGUCUGCGACGGUGUCGUAGAUUGUCUUAAUGCCAAUGACGAGACCGAUUGCGAUUACAUAUACUUCAAGAGGUGGGAAGAGUAUCUGAGAGUUAACAAACGUGUUGAGACCACCUCGUCGAACACUGUCGAAGACACGUCGCCUGACGGAUGCAACCGUUACGAACAUCCCUGCGACGGCACAUGCGUAAACGCGCUGAAUGUCUGCGAUGGCAAGGAGGACUGCCUGGACGGUACGGACGAAGAGAACUGCACCGAAGAGCGGGAAUGCACGCCUAACCAGUUCAAAUGCGCCACCGGGAACAAGUGCAUCGAGGACGUCUACAGGUGCGACGGCUAUCCGGAUUGUCCAGAUCACAGCGACGAGAACUGCCCUCCGUCCGCUAACGACACUACACACACCACUUCGCCUACCACCAACCCGCUCGAUCCACGCUGGACACCCGAACGCAGGAGGGAAUGCGAUCCGAGGAAGGAGAUGCGCUGCGAUGACGGCAGUUGCAUUCUUCUACGGCGUAAAUGCGACAAUAUCUUCGACUGCCUCGACGGCAGCGACGAACGGGGCUGCGGGGUGUGCACACCUGCCGAGUGGAAGUGCGCCAGUGGCGAAUGCUUGCCAGAAAACCAAAGGUGCGACGGGAUAACGCAGUGCAGCGACGGAUCCGAUGAGGAUCGAUGUGUAACCGAAUGUCCGGCUGGGUGGUUUCGAUGCAACGAUGGAUUGUGCCUCGACAUUAAGAGACGUUGCGAUGGCCGGCCGCAUUGCUUGGACGGCUCCGACGAGAUCAAUUGCCCUCGUAACAACUGCCCCGCCGGUCAACUACCCUGCGACAAUGGCGUCUGCAUCAAUAAGGACUUCUUCUGCGACCACAAUGUCGACUGCCUCGACGAUAGUGACGAACGAAAUUGCCCGGAUAGCGGAGAGACCGGCGGUUCAGGCCAAGAAUGCCACCCCGACGACUUCACCUGCAGCGACGGCAGCUGCAUACCUCGAGCUGCAGUGUGCGACGGACGUGCGGAUUGUCCGCGCGACGAGGACGAGAUUAAUUGCCAUCGAGGAUGCUCGCGGGACCAGUUCCAGUGCGCCAAUGGAGAUUGCAUCCGCGCCGAUCAAAGGUGCAACGGAUACAUCGAGUGCGCCGACGGUUCCGAUGAACCGGAAGAAUGCGAGCCGCCACCAUCACCGUCAGGUCGAUGUGCCGCGGAUCAAUAUAUGUGCAUUUCGGAUAGAAGGUGUGUUCCAUCGUCCUCCGUCUGUAACGGAAUCUCAGAAUGCCGAGAUGGUUCCGAUGAGCAUAAUUGCGAUCGCGAAUGCUCGCACGGGGAAUGGAGAUGCAAGAGCGGCGAUUGUAUACCUGAACACCAACGUUGCGAUCGCCGGAUCGAUUGCCCGUACGACGACAGCGACGAGUUGGGCUGUCACUAUAGGGCGACGCAAAGAAAUCAUAGUAGGUGCAGCGCGCACGAAUGGAUGUGCAAUGACGGUCAUUGCAUCCCGCUGCAUCAGCGAUGCGACAAAAGGCUCGACUGUCCUAGAGACAUGUCCGAUGAGAUGGAUUGCAGUUAUGAUAAUUAUACCGACGGAACAUCUGAUCUUAGACUGAAGACGUAUCCCAGUGAACAAGUGAUUAAAGAAAACCCGGCGAAGCAAGGUCGCGAGGUCGUGUUCCAAUGCCGUGACGAGGGUCAUCUACGUGCCAGAGUACGUUGGGUCCGCGGCAACGGCCUUCCUCUGCCGCCUGGCAGCCGGGACAUCAAUGGUCGCCUGGAAAUACCCAACAUCCAACUGGAUCACGCUGGAACGUACAUCUGCGAAGCCGUGGGUUAUCCGCCGUCCACUCCGGGCCGUCAAGUCAGCGUCGUCCUCACCGUCGAGAAGUUUGAGCAACCGGCUACCAGACCGCCGCAAGUGUGCCAGUACGAUCAGGCUACCUGCAGCAACGGCGACUGUAUUCCCAAAUCGUACGUUUGCGACGGUAAAUUCGACUGCACCGACGGAUCCGACGAGAUGCGAUGCAGUCCGCACGGAUGCGAGCCCAACGAGUUCCGCUGCAAUAAUAAGCAGUGCGUCAGCAAGUUGUGGCGUUGCGACGGCGACAAGGACUGCGCGGACAACAGCGACGAGGAGAACUGCGCGCCGUCUCCCCCGGGAUCCCCGUGCCGUUACAACGAGUUCGCCUGCAGCAGCAACAAGCAGUGUAUCCCGAAGAGCUACCACUGCGACAUGGAGCGCGACUGCUUGGACGGCAGCGACGAACUUGGAUGCUCUCCCGUUUACAUCAUAAAACCUCCGCCGCCGAUGGUCGUCCUUGUGCCGGGCGACAUGCUGGUCCUCACCUGCACGGCGAUCGGCGUUCCGAUACCGGAGAUCAACUGGCGUCUCAACUGGGGACAUAUCCCCGCGAAAUGCACAAGCGUGUCCACCAAUGGAACGGGCACGCUGACAUGUCCGGACAUACAACCGGAGGACCAGGGCGCGUACUCGUGCGAGGCGUUGAACGUCGGUGGCUUCGUCUUCGCCGUGCCGGAUGCCAUCGUUGUCGUGAAGGAACGCGGCAACGUCUGUCCGAGGGGCAAGUUCAAUUCCGAGGCGAAGACCGCCGAGGAGUGUAUCUCGUGCUUCUGCUUCGGCGUCGCCACCGAGUGCCGCAGCGCCAAUCUCUUCACUUAUCAGAUCCCGCCGCCGUUCGACCGUCAAAAGAUCGUGUCGGUCGAGAUCGUCCCGACGAUUAAGAUCCACGGCGACGUCAGCAACCAGAUAUCACAGAUCCGUCCGCUCGGUCGGGAUGGCGUUCAGCUGCUAGAGUCCUUCAGCAACGAUCUGAACAUCUACAACAAUCCCUACUUUGCGUUGCCGGAGACCUACCACGGCAGUCAAUUGAAGUCCUACGGCGGCUAUCUAAGAUACUCGAUCCGCCACAGCGGCAACGGCACGCCGAACAACGCACCCUCUGUCAUCCUAAGCGGUAACAAUUACAUCCUGAUACACAAAGGUGAAGAGCCAACGCCGGAUUACGACAACGAGAGGUCCGUCAGGUUCUUCUAUGGCGAUUGGUACAAGCAGCAAGGAAGAAACGAGGUUCUGGCCUCCAGGGAGGAUAUUAUGAUGACGCUGGCGAACGUAGACAAUAUUCUUAUAAAAGUAAAAUACGACGACUCGCCGCAGCUGGACGUUCGUCUCACCAACAUCGUUGUGGACACCGCCGAUGCAAGAAACACCGGUCUAGGAACUGCGUCUUUCGUCGAGGAAUGCCAAUGUCCUACUGGAUACACCGGUCUGUCUUGCGAGCACUGCGCACCUGGUUAUCUGAGACGCGAAAGUGGACCGUGGCUCGGGCAAUGUUACAGGGAUGAACCACCGUGCCCUCCGGGAUAUUACGGCGAUCCCUCGAGGAACAUUCCUUGCCAGAUUUGUCCUUGCCCGCUUACCAACCCGUCGAAUCAGUUCGCCCGCACAUGUCAUCUUGGUUCUGACGGCCAACCCACGUGCGAUUGUCCUCCUGGCUACGUUGGACGCAGGUGCGAGCAAUGUGCCGUCGGUUACCAAGGGAAUCCUCUUAUUCCCGGAGAUAUGUGCGUUCCGCUUCAACAAUGUGAUCCUAACGGCAGCCUUAGUCCUAACGCUGAUCCUCACACCGGAAAAUGUCACUGCAAGCAAUACGCAACGGGUCUCACUUGCAACCAAUGUAAGGCGAAUACCUUUAAUCUGGCCUCCACAAAUCAAUUUGGAUGCAUAGCUUGCUUCUGCAUGGGCAUCACCAACAAAUGUGUCUCCUCCAACUGGUACAGGAACGAGAUUCGUGUAUCGUUCACCAACUCAAUUCGAGGUUUCUCUCUAAUCGAAUCUAAGAGCACCGACGGACCAGACAUUGUAGAGGGAAUUCAUCUGAACGCCAUCAACCGGGAGAUAGUUUACAGCGAGUUUCCCAACCGUGGUAACAAUGAUGUCUAUUACUGGCAAUUGCCCAGCAUUUUCCUAGGGGAUCAAAUAACAUCCUACGGCGGCAAUCUCAAGUACACCGUCAGAUACGUGCCCUCUCCGGGCGGUCAAAGUUCAAGGAACAACGCCGCGGACGUCGAACUAAUCAGCGCUAACGACAUCAACUUGCUCUACUACUCUCGCGAGUCUCCCGAGCCUAACUCCCAGCAAUCGUUCACCGUGCCAUUGCUCGAGCAAUAUUGGCAACGUACUGACGGAACUCAGGCGGACAGGGAGCACCUUCUAAUGGCGUUAGCGGAUGUACGAGCUAUCAAAAUCAAAGCCACUUACACGACGCAUACAGACGAAGCUGCACUCUCCUUCGUGUCUUUGGACACCGCCGAAAAAUACAACACAGGUAAGGCUCGUGCGGUUGAAGUUGAAGAGUGUACUUGCCCCGCCGGCUACAGAGGACUUUCGUGCGAGGAUUGCGACGUUGGUUACACCCGGGCCAUCGAAGGUCUCUACUUAGGCAUCUGCGAGGCGUGCAACUGUAAUAAUCACUCGAAUCAGUGCGAUCCUGAAAGUGGCACUUGCGAGAAUUGCGCUCAUCAUACCACCGGCGAGUUCUGCGAGCUCUGCGAACCGGGAUACGAAGGAGACGCGACCCGAGGCACGCCGAACGAUUGCACGUAUGGAAGACCGAGACCCGAGCCAUGCAGAUGCAACGAGGCUGGUUCACGCGGCGCUUCUUGCGUCGACAGCCGAUGCGAGUGCAAGAGGAACGUCGAGGGUCCAGAAUGUAAUCGAUGCCGCCCCUCGACGUACGGAUUACGCGCCGAGAACAUUGAUGGAUGCAUCGAGUGUUACUGCAGCGGGGUAACUGAUCAAUGUCACGAGAGCACAUUGUACGUACAGCAAAUACCGAUGUGGGUAUACGACUCACAUCACGGCUUCACUCUCACGGAUUCGACUAGACGCGACAUAAUCGACGACGGCUUCGAGCUAAAUGUGGCAAUGAAUGAAAUCGGCUAUCGAUAUCCGGAUAGUAGAAGCCACAGACUGUUCUGGUCGCUACCGAGCGUCUUCACCGGUAACAAAGUUAAGAGUUACGGCGGAAACUUGACUUUGACGCAGCAUAUCACCGCGUAUCCUGGCGCUCAGAGUUAUAAGGAUCAAGACAUUCUACUGAUUGGCAAUGGCAUUACAUUGUUCUGGACGAAUCCGGUGGAAGUUCAACCCGAGAUUCCGCUGACCUAUUCCGUUCCGUUGAAAGAGCACGAAUGGAGACGACUGACCAUCGAAGGACCGCGCAGCGCUUCCAGGACGGAUCUCAUGAUCGUGCUUUCCAAUCUGGAGGCUAUUUUGGUCCGAGCAUCCCACAGCGAGCGAAUGACCGCAACAUACAUCAGCGACAUCAGCAUGGACACGGCCGUGGAGAAUUUGAUUGGAAACCGACGAGCGACUCAGGUCGAGGCUUGUCGUUGCCCGACCGGUUACACGGGCACCUCCUGCGAAACCUGCGCUCGUGGUUAUUACAGGGACACCAGCGACCGGACUGUCAGUUACUUGGGCGCGUGCAAUCUCUGUCCGUGCAACAAGAACGAAGAGAGCUGCGAGAUUAGCAGAUCCGGCCAUAUCAAGUGCCACUGCUUGCCGGGCUUCACGGGACAGUAUUGCCAAGACAGUGGUACCGGUGAACUCAUGGUAAGCCUAAUGCCCAUGCACGGCGAAGUCGAGCCGUACUCCACGAUCCAAUUUACGUGCAACUAUGACUAUCCAGACACGUUUUACAUCUAUUUUAAAUUGUCGUCGCUCAACGGAUUUCCCAUAACUGCGCGGAGCGGCGAAAUCGGUCCGAUAAUGAAGACAGAGAAGGGAGCUGUCCGCACUUGGUUCGUCCAUAUGGGACAUACCCCUUGCAACGUGGAAUGUCACAUCGUGAAUUACCGCGGCGGGGAACUGGUCAAGAUUGUGACGUCGAUUACGCCAGUCGAACACACUACUACGGAGGGCCCGAUAUCUCCACCGAGGAUCAUAGUUUACAUACAGGAACCGGAAUUCCAGAUUGUCCACACCGGAAAUACCGUCCGAUAUCAUUGCACAGGCAGAUCCAAAGAUAGCGACUCGGUGCACAUCAGGUGGGAGAAAGAAGGUGGCCAAUUACCGCCUGACAGGAGCGUGGAAGACUCGAGUGGAUUGUUGGUCAUCAGGGAUGUGAAGGUAUCUGAUAGCGGCAUAUACGUCUGCCAAGUGAGCGAUGGAAUAAACAUUGGAUAUAAGAAAGUCACGCUGACUGUUGGAGCAUUUCCAAAACACUUGCUGGAAAUACCAGGAGCCAAUCCGGUAGAGCCUAGAGUUGUUAUAAAUCCACCGUAUCAGCAAGUGAGGGAAGGCGAACCGGUUGAGUUCCGCUGCGAAGCCACUGGUAAUCCGCCACCCCAAUUGGACUGGGUACGAGUGCACGGAAGCAUGAGUCCAGAAGCGACAUUCUACAACGGCGUAUGGAAUCUUCCAGCCGCGUCGAAGAACGACGCAGCUGAGUAUAAAUGUGUCGCUAGGAACAACGUUGGCAUAGACGAGAAGACGACCAUCUUAUACGUUCAAGACAAUCCUAACAAGCCACCACCUCAAGGCUUGCCGCCGACCAUAACUCCGUCCGAAUGGACCGGAACCAGCGGAGACGUCGUCAGGCUGAUCUGCACACCGUCUCAACAUGCGAACGUCACCUGGACGAGGUCCGGCGGAUUGCUUCCUUAUACCGCCAGUCAGCGCGACGGGGUCUUGACGAUCACCAAUCCCACCCCUGACGAUUCCGGCAUAUACGUGUGCACCGCGACGAGCGUUCGUGGAACGGAGACAAGCACCACCGCCAGGAUUAUGAUAGUGCCCCGUAGAGAAUUACCGACGGUCAAGGUCAGACCGGAACGGCAAGAGGUGUCCCAGGGCACGACGGCCGAGGUGCGAUGUAUUACCAGCGGAGAGCCAGGUCUACAGGUGAAAUGGAGCAAGUACACGGAAACGAUGAGUAAUCGUGUCCAGCAAGUAGGGGACACGCUCAGGAUCAUUAAUGCUCAGGUCUCCGAUCGUGGAGUAUACAUCUGCCGGGUUACUAGCCCCACGGGCAGUUACGAGGCCAGUACCAUCAUCGAAGUUGAACCUCGCGAAGCUCCAGUUUUAGAACUGUAUCCGCAAGAUGUACAAACGGUCAUCCUCGGCGGUUCCGCUGACCUUCAGUGUCGCGCGAAGGCCGGUUUCCCGGUGCCCGAGUUGCAAUGGUCCCGCCAAGACAAUCGACCAUUCGCUUCCAACAUCGAGCAGCUCCCUGGCGGUCUUCUCAGACUGUCGAACAUCACGGCGAACGACGGCGGUGCUUACAUCUGUUCCGCGUCAAACGAAGUCGGCGCGACGUCGAUCAUCGCGCAUAUCGAAGUGCAGUCCAUGCCUGUGAUCACCAUCCUUCCGAAGGAUGGUAUCUUGAAUGUGAAACGCGGAAGUCGAGUCCGUUUGACGUGCAGCGCGAGUGGUUAUCCGCAACCCAAUGUAGCUUGGAGCAAACACGUAAACGGAAUAACUAUACAUGAUACAUAUAGCAGAGCAGCAGCUACUCCCUUGAGUGCCGUUUACGAAAUAUUCUCUGUAUCACUCGACGACGAAGGCUCCUACACUUGCCAAGCUACGAACACCGUAGGAAUAACCGAAGAGCGUAUUCAGAUCCGCAUCGAGGAUGAUGACGAUGUGCCUUGCACUGGCGACAGAGGCGAUAUUCCAUGCGACGAUCAACAGCAACCACAACCUGAUAGAGACCCGAACCAAGGGGGAGGAGUGCUGAUUCCUAAAGACUACUUGAGAAUUCCGAACGGCGGCAAAGUGGAGAUGCGUUGUCAGGUCUUUGGACCGGAUGGAGAUCAUAUCUAUCUAGAUUGGAAGAGAAGCGAUCAUCGUUCCCUUCCAGAAGGUAGCACAGUGCACAAUGGAGUAUUAAGUAUUCCGGUUGUUGAUAGGAACGCGGCUGGAGAAUACACCUGCUUGGGCUUGGAUCCUGCCGGCACCGUACUCUUCCGAGCGAAAUCUCAUCUUGAAAUUAUAUCUCCGCCAAGAAUCGAAUUAAAUCCAACGCGUCAGACAGUGGGACCUGGAGAAAAUCCAUCCAUAAUUUGCACCGCCACGGGAGACGAACCCCUGCAUAUUGAGUGGGAAGCUAUAGGACGCCCGUUACCAUAUUCUGUAUCGCACAGCGGCGGCAACCUACAGUUCCAUGGCAUUACCUAUUCCGACGCCGGCAAAUAUGUGUGCAAAGCGACGAAUCCAGCAGGAACAGCGGAAGCGGUAGCAGAAGUUUUAGUUAAUGAACAUCCUUACGAUAGUGCAAGGAUCCGCGCUGAACAAAGAGACGUGGUAACUCAUGCCGGCAAUUCUGUACGCUUACGUUGCGAGAUGCGUGAACGCGCGACGAUCCAUUGGACUCGAGAGGGGCAACCCUUGCCGGCCAACGCGCGAAUCGGAGAAGAUUACUUAGAGCUGACGCAAGUGAAACCGGAAGACAGCGGAAGAUACAUCUGUCAGGUCCAGACGAGCCGCGGCGUAUCCAGCGAUUAUAUUAAUUUCAACGUCUCUCUUAAUUUGCUUGCGGAUUGCAUGCCAGUGUACCGAUCGCAGUGCAGGCACUGGGAGUAUCAAUGCAGAAGCCUACAAUGCAUUCCGAUGGAAUACUUUUGCGACGGAUAUGUUCAGUGCAACGACGGUACUGACGAACGCUUCUGCCGCAACGCGCGCUAUCGCCAAUAUCUUCAGCGACGACGCGCUGCUGCAGUGGCUUCAGUAAGCAUCGAGGUGUCUCAAGAUCCAAUAAACAUCGGCGAUACGGUUGACAUACAUUGCACAUACACUGGAACACGCAGUCCACGUUAUCGUUGGACGAGACCGAAUCACGUGAGCCUGCCAAUAAACGCUCAAGAGUACGGCAAUAUCUUGAGAUUAACUAAUGUAGCCGUGAGCGAUAGCGGACCCUACAGGUGCAUGGUAGACACGCCCGAGGGUAUACUCGAAAAGGACUUCAAUCUGAUCGUCCACGGUGGAAUCCUCGAUGAGCCAGCGAUUGAAACCAAAUUCGCGCCAUACGGGUCAAGUCUGGAAAUGGAUUGCCGUCUGGAUCUCGAUCCGCCAAUACAAUUCCAGUGGAACAAGCUUGGUGGACUUCUGCCACGUGACAGCCAGACUUACGAGAACAAAUUGAAGUUGACUAAUGUAAAGGCCGAAGACGCUGGAACAUACAUUUGCGUCGGAAAUAAUGGAGAGUCGCGAGUCGAAGUGCCUACGGUGCUGGUUGUAACAGGAGUUGUGCCUAAUUUCAGUCAGGCACCCGAAAGUUACAUCGCUUUCCCUCCUCUACCCGACUCCUACCUUAAGUUCAACAUCGAAAUCUCUUUCAAACCAGAAAGUUACGACGGCAUUCUGUUAUACAACGACGAGUCUGGUCAAGGCAACGGCGACUUUAUCAUUCUGUCUCUAAAUAACGGAUACCCGCAAUUCAAAUUCAAUCUCGGUUCUGGACCAGCUAUUAUUCGCGCGGAUAAGCCUGUUACCCUGAGCGAGUGGCAUACCAUCAAGAUCCAACGUAAUCGAAAGGAGGGUACGAUGCUGGUGGACGGCGAGGGUCCUUACAAGGUGCUCGCCUUGGGUAGACGCCAAGGUCUCGAUCUCAAAGAACCUCUUUACAUCGGGGGAGUGCCCAGCUACAGCAGAAUCAACAAGCAGGCCGAGGCGAGCACAGGUUUCGUCGGGUGCAUCAGUCGACUAGUCCUCGGGGAGAAACAGGUCGAUCUGAUCGGCGAUCAGACUGAUAGCGUGGGCAUCACGACUUGCGAGACCUGCGCCGAGAAUCCUUGCAACAAUGGCGGUGUGUGUCAGGAAGCGGCCACGAAGAACGGCUACACGUGCCUGUGCCGAGCCGGUUUCAGCGGCAAGCACUGCGACAAUGUUGGGCAAUCCUGUUAUUCAGGUGCUUGCGGAGAAGGUAAAUGCGUCGACAAGGAAGUCGGCUUCGAUUGUUACUGCCCGAUCGGGAAGACAGGUUCAAGAUGCGAGCAUUCGGUGAACAUCUACGAUCCGGCUUUCCAUGAUGAUAGAGCUUUCAUCGCUCACGAGACUCCAAAAGCUCUUAGACGGGGAAGAGAAAGUUCGACCACUACACACAGUCGAUCACGAUUACGCAACGCACAAAUUAGGAAACCACGAUCAAGGCCACAUCACCACAAUAAUUUGCACCACACAAAACAUUAGCUAGACCUAGCACCAAUUUUACGCACUUAGAGAAUCAUUACUUGUCCAAUCUCCAAUCACAGCAAUAAUAUAAACUUCUCUCUCCGUAGAUCUAAUGAAUUAUCAUGCAUAAUAGCUAUUUAAAAUUUUCAAGACACGUUUACGCCAGAAAGAUUAAUCUGUUCGACUUAUUUUUAUGCGAUUUUUCACUGCCUUUUUUUCUUUUUUUUAUUUGGUACGCGUAGUGACGAUGGUUGUACGGGAAAAAAAAAAGAAUAAGCAAUGAGUUCUUAACAGGUACUUUGCAACGAGCCUGCAUAGUGCGUAGUUCCUUGUAAUGGACGUCAUGGUGCUGUAAUGUUAGAACAACAGUCAAUUUACGAAUUAGUAAUUAAUAUGUUUUGUACAGCUUCUUAAUUAAUACACUUAACGCGUCACUUUAGUCAUUAUUAAUUAUUAAAAGUAAUACGUGAAGUCACUGCCAAAUCAAUCGCAUUUAACAGUUAGUCCCCACUCAAGCUUAGAAAAAAAAAAACGUCAAAGUCGUAGCAUCCACAUACAUGUAUAUGAGUUAUAUAUGACAGCAUAUGUAAAAUGUUUGUACUUAUAUAUCUAAGAAUCCAUAUAUAUAAAUAUUAAAAGAAAGAGACGUUUCACGUACGAAUGAUCCUUUAUAUACUCAGCGGACUCAUGCUAUACGAUAAUAAAUAUUUUUAAAGCAA